AUGACGGUCGCUCAGCCAUCCGCGUGUCUCCGCUUCGUCCAGCGCAUCUGUCGCGGCUUCCAGUCUGCCUCUGGGCAUGACUCGGUCACCAUCUCGGCGCUGCGGAUCCACGCCGCAACACCCGGCUCCAUUCGCGGCACCUUCCCCAUCUCGGCACACAACCUCAACCGCUUAGGCACACUGCACGGCGGCUGCAUCGCAACGCUGACGGAUACCAUGGGCUCGCUCGCCAUCGCCUCCCACGGCCUGUACGCCACGGGGGUCAGCACCGACAUCAACACGACAUACGUCAAGUCCGCCGGCGGCAAGGGCGACGAUGUCAACGUCACCGGCGAGGUCAUCAGCAUGGGCAAGACACUCGCAUUCACGCGGAUGGAGGUGCGACAUCCCGUCACAGAUGCGCUGCUCGCAUACGGGUCGCAUACCAAAUUCAUCGGGAGGGCAAUGGCGCAUCCCGAGAACGUAAAGUUUGACACGGAGGGGAGAGAGGUGAUUGAGGGCAAACAGCCGGAAGAUUGGUCAGAGGAGUCCAAGAUGUAG